CUCCCGUUGGCGGCCGCAGAAAUCCGAUGAACGCGUUCGAGUACCUCGCGACGCGGCCCGUCGCGAGCGUUGACCGGCUCUUCGACGACCCAUGGGCGUGCCAAGCAGUCUUCCAGAGCCUGCCCGCGCUCUCGCAGCAGAUCGUCAUGCGCCUCCUCUUCGCCGCCGGCGAGACGACCCGCGAUACGAUCCUCUCGUGGGUGCACGAGUCGUCCACGGACGCCAUGGUCGCGGCCAUCGACAAGCUCUCGCAUCUGCGCGUCUUGGCCAAGGCGCCGCAUGGGCUCGCUCUCAACACACACUUCCAGGCACAGCUGCGCACGGCGCUGAGCUCGCUCGGCGGGUCGCCGUGGGAAGACGGCCGGCAAAAGCUGCCGGCCGAGAAGCCGAUCGCUGCGAUGGACCUCGAGAACUAUGCGCGCACGCGCUGGGAUGCAGUGUUGCACUUCAUGGUCGGGUCCACCGCGGUGCAGGCGCCGCCCGAUACGGUCGUGCAGAUCCUCGAACAGACGAAGCUCAUGCAGGCGUCGCCCGAAGACCGCCGGAAGCUCCAUAUCACGGACACGGGCUACGAGUUUAUGCUCAAGGACAUUCACGCGCAGACGUGGAUCUUCGUGCUCGAGUACAUCAAGAACAUUGACAAGCGGGGCGUCAUGUCGGCCGAAGAGAUGCUCCAGUUCCUCUUCCAGAUGAGUUAUUGCCAGAUGCACCAGUACUACGCGGUGGCCGACCUCACGCGCAACCAGCAGCAGCUCCUUGGGGACCUCGUCGAGCUCGGCCUUUUGUACCGCAGCAACUCGCGCGCAACACGCUUUUACACGACGAGCUUGGCCGUCAACCUCAUCUUUGGCGGGCUCGCGGGCCAGACGCGCCCCGCGAUUCAAAUGAACCAGUCGCUCGAGAGCUUUCAUCAGGCCGCGACCGUCCCCAAAGGGCCAAGCGAGGCCAGCGGCGCGUCAUCGUCGCACCUUAGCAUCAUUGUCGAGACCAACUUCAAGGUCUAUGCGUACACGUCGUCGAGCUUACACAUUGCGAUGCUGAGUGUGUUUGUGGACAUUGUUGUUCGGCUGAAGAACAUGGCGGUGGGCUUCUUGACGCGCGAGAGCAUUCGGUCGGCGCUCAUCCACGGCAUCUCGGCUGAGCAGAUUUAUGACUUUUUGAUGCAGCACGCGCACCCCAAGAUGGUGCAGAACACGCCCGUGAUCCCGGAAAACAUUGCCGACCAACUGUACCUCUGGCAACGCGAACGCAACCGGAUUCAGUUUGUGCCAGGCGAGCUCCUCGAAGGCUUCACGCUCUCGGAGGAAUUUGCGGCCGUCGUGCAGUACGCGCGGGAUCUCGAUGUCCUCACGUGGAGCGAUGCGUCGCAGCACAAGCUCACCGUCGCGCAGCACGGCGCCGACGCGGUGCGCAAGUACAUCCAGUCGCUGCGCGGGUAAGAACGACAUAAAAGCACAUGCUUGUUGCCUACCAUCUUGCGCCUUGCACAACGC